CUCUGCUGGAUUAAACCCAGACUCCGAGUCCUGCAACCUCCAUCUGCUCCUCACCGCCGCAGGAUUCAGUCUGGCUGAGACGCUGUUCGCUCAGACAUGGACGCUUCUGGGAAAACCACAGAUGGAGCCAAAGAGGAUCUAAAAGCGGCUGGAUCGUGUGUUGGGGACUCCGGUGGAGCUUGUGGCUGCUGUCCGAGGAGGAUCUGCGGCUGCAUCCCGCAGCUGUACCGCAACGAGCUGCUGCAACUUCUCCAACUAGCGGGACCAGUGGUCAUUUCCCAGCUGAUGGUCUUCAUGCUGAGUUUCGUCAGCAUGGUGUUCUGUGGUCAUCUGGGGAAAACCGAACUAGCCGCAGUUUCCUUAUCGAUAGCGGUGGUGAACGUCACCGGUAUUUCCAUUGGCACCGGUCUGUCGUUAACGUGUGAUACGCUCAUAUCUCAGACAUAUGGGAGCGGUAACCUGAAGCGUGUCGGUGUGAUUCUCCAGAGGGGGAUUCUGAUUCUGCUGCUGGCCUGUUUCCCCUGCUGGGCCGUCCUCAUCAACACCGAACCUCUUCUACUGGCUGUCAGGCAGAGUCCAGAGGUCUCCAGGCUCUCCCAGCUCUAUGUGAUGAUCUUCAUGCCAGCUCUGCCGGCUGCUUUCAUGUACCAGCUGCAGGGGAGGUAUCUUCAAAAUCAGGGAAUUAUAUGGCCUCAGGUUAUAACUGGAGCGAUUGCAAAUGUCCUGAAUGCAGUGAUCAACUAUGUCCUCCUGUAUCGUCUGGAUAUGGGUGUGCUUGGAUCUGCAGCAGCUAACGCCAUCUCCCAGUAUGUGCUGGCUGUGUUCUUAUUUGUUUACAUCUGCGUCAGGGGGCUACACAAAGCCACGUGGGGAGGCUGGUCGAUGGACUGUCUGCAGGAGUGGGGACCCUUCGUUAAGCUGGCCAUCCCCAGCAUGCUCAUGCUCUGUGCGGAGUGGUGGCUGUUUGAAAUCGGAGGGUUCCUGGCCGGUGUGAUCAGUGAGGCGGAGCUGGGAGCCCAGUCAGUCAUAUACCAGCUGACAGUCAUCGCUUACAUGAGUCCAAUGGGAUUCUCAGCUGCUGCCAGCGUGCGGGUUGGAAAUGCUCUUGGUGCAGGAAACAUCGAACAGGCCAGGCUGUCGUGUAAAGUGCCCAUCAUCACUACAUUCAUAAUUGCAUGUUUCGUUGGAGCUGGUCUCGGCCUCAGUAAAGAGGUCAUCGGAUAUAUUUUCACCUCAGAGCCAGAGAUUUUGCAGAGGGUUUCUGAUGUCAUGACUGUAUUUGCUUUCACACAUCUUGGUGAUGCCACUGCGGGAGUGACUGGAGGUGUUCUCAGAGGAGCAGGAAAACAGACGAUUGGUGCUAUGUGUAAUCUGGUGGGAUACUACAUCAUUGGCCUCCCCAUCGGUGUGUCCCUGAUGUUUGCAGCCAAGAUGGGGGUUGUAGGAAUGUGGACUGGACUUACAGUUUCUGUUUUCGUGCAGUCAACGUUCUUCAUCGUAUAUUUGUACAGACUUGAUUGGAAGAAGGCUGCUGACGAGGCUCUUGUGCGAGCAGGAGUCCACAUUCAAGAAGAGAAAGAAAUGAUCGGGAUGGAAAAUAAAGACUCUAAUCACAACCAGACCCAGGUCAGUAACUCUCCAUCUGGUUGUGAGAGGGCUGAGGAGGAGCACACAAACCAGGAGGUGGAUACUCCAGACAGGACUAAAUCCACCAUCAUAGUGGGAGAUGUUCUGUCAGUGACGCAACUGGUUCUACGACGUGGCUUCACUUUGCUGGUCAUGGCUAUCAUACUUGCUGCUGGAGUUGUCAUCAACGAAUUCGUCACCGAGCUGCUCAAGCGACACCUUUGAUGACAUAAAGCAGGCAGACUGACGGCUGUCGGGUCUGAUGGCACAAAGUUACCUUCGAUUGUAUACUUUUGUUAAUUGUGGCUCAUCUUCUCUCGUGAAAGAAGCAAAAAGAAGAUCCAACUGAGCGUCAACAGUCUGCAACGUUGUGCAAAAUGUUGCCAACAACCCUGACAUAUACAGUAUAACUGUGCAGACCCAGACAGCUGAAUCAAACCAGAUAAUGAGCCAAAGAGAGCCACAUGUUCACCAAGGGCUUUAAAGCUGCAGUAGUGAAAAUUAAGCCUAAAGUCAGCAUUGAUGCAUAAGUUCACCUUUAAACCCCAACCUCCUGAGUAAGUCACAUUUGUAAGGCCAGUAUUAUACAUUCCAUGUAGGUAAGAGUUCCCAUGUUGUAAAUUUCGUCAUAUCCCAUAUCCAUAUCAAGUCUGCAAGAGUCCUUCCGCGGAUGGCCACGUGCAGCUAAAAUUGUUGUAAAAAAAAAUUACUGUACUUGUAAUUGAAUGCCAAAGAUAAGAUGUGGCCCUUUGACAGGGACUUAAAGGUUUCUAAUGUCUAAUAAGUUCUUAUUUAAAAAGGUAAACUUCCAGAGAUUAGGAGCAACCACUAUGAAGACUCCACAGCCUUUACUUCCAUGCCUGGAUCAAAGAAAAUCCAGGAGCAUCUGGUUGGUCGAGCUUAGUGCUCAAACUGGGGUAUGAUGAUGUAAAAAGUUUGCUAAACAUGGUUGCGCCAACCCAUUUAUAACCUUUAACACAAACAACAAAAUCCUCAAAUCAGUCCUCAACAGACAGAAAGCCAGUGGAGGGAGGCUAAUACUGCUGUUACAUGUUUUUCCUGGUAAAAGAAGCUGGAUUUUGUAGCAGCUGCACAUGUCUGCUUCGUGGCCACAUGCAAAGACUUACAGUAGUUUAACCACUUGGUUAGUAGGGCAUAAAUAACUUUUAUCUUCAUUUUAAAAGGCAAGUUUUGCCCAUUGAGUUGAUCUGUGAAGAAGCAGUGGAGGAUCACUCCAAGGUUUUUCGCAGAAGAUUGAUUAUAUGAAGCCAAAGUGCCAAGUCUGUCAUCAGGGUCAUCCAAAUGAUCUUACAGCUUUUCCAAUUGUUUAAUGUGUGCCUUGAUACUGUGCCUUUAAUUUGCUCAAAUAGCGAAACUGAAACAGCUCUGAGCAGGAUCUUCUCUUCUUUUUCAUUUUGGAAAAACUCCAACAUCCCCAUCUGAACUUUGAGGACAUCUGAUUUUGGACUUGUAGGUUGCAUAUGCAAACCAUUUUGGGAUUUUCUGUUGUUCCAAAAGCUUAACAGCGCUUCAGUUAUUAACAUAUGAUUGAACAGUGGAUUCUGAACUUAGUGAACAGUUAAUUGCAAGAUGUAUGGAUUUUAGAAUAACGUUUUUUAAAUGUUUACAUUCUGUACCUUCUGACCAACUGAAUAUAAAUGUGAGAAUACUUUUAGCUGCAAGAUGCAUAUAGUCACAUCCCAUCACACUGCAGAACACUGUGUCUAAGAUUAAAUGAUAAAAUCCUUAUUUUGUCACCCAGAGGGUUGCUGUUGCCAGACCAAAACACAAGAACUCCACUGUUAGGGUAACUUGUUGUUUAUUUCAGAUUCAUUUUUGUUUAAGAAUAUUGUUUUUGUGCAUAUUUAGUUUUCAGUGUGCACCCAGUAUCCAGCACUUGUUAUUUCAUACACUUUCAUUAAUAUUUGUCACAAAAAUGAAUUGACUGCCAAAUACAAAAGACGUGAAUCAAGGUGUAAUUCAGAAAUACCAAAUAAGCAUAUAAAUAAACUCGUAAAGAAUUAA